AUGCAGACUCGGACGUCCCGACCUGCAGACACUAAUUCCACUUCGUGCGUGCAGGAGCAUCGUGUGAUUGAAUGUGGUAAAAAGAGGGCCCCGGCUAGCGAACGAAUCAAGAAUGGGACCCAUCAAACCAGACACGCAGACGUAGCGGCUGGAAGUACUUCGAGGGACAAUGUUGGCUGCCACUCGAAACAAACCGACAAUUACAGCCCAACAGGCGAUCCGCAGCUAGCCAGAAAGAUAUACACCGAAUGCCACUACGUCGGAGCUGCCGAUCAACAUAUCUCCCGCUAUGAUCGGAUCAAACCAGCCGGCGCGAAACGCGGAAAAAGAGGCAACGUACGUGCCAAGUGCAGAUCAAAACCAGCAGGGAUUGGCCAAAAGAAAAAGGCAUGA